AUAGAAGAUGUAAACAUGCCUGAUUUGGAAAGAAGAGUCUCAUAGACUGAGUUCCCUUAUACCAAUGACAGCAUGGAGAUGUACAACCUCCUGGCCUUCGUGAGACACCUGAAAGGCCUUAACAAGGAAGCUCUGCAGAGCUUGAGAGAAGCUGAAAACUUGAUCCAGACAGAGCAGGUGGGCAAGAGAAGCCUGGUGACCUGGGGCAACUGUGCCUGGGUGCAUUACCACAUGGGCAGCUUGGCAGAAGCCCAGACCUACCUGGCCAAGGUGGAGAAUGCUUGCAAGGAAUUUGGAAGUCGCUUUCCCUAUAGGAUGGAGUGUGCUGAGAUGGACUAUGAGGAAGGCUGGGCCUUGCUGAAGUGUGGAGGAUCAAAGAACUGUAGGCAAGCCAUGUCCUGCUUUGCAAAGGCUGUAAGAGAGGAGCCUGAAAAUCCUGAAUACAGCAUUGGCUAUGCAGUUGCAGCCUAUCGUCAGGAUCAUAAUGAGCCUAGUAUUUCUCUAGAACCUCUAAAGAAGGCUGUCAGGUUAAAUCCAGAAGAUCCAUACAUUAAAGUUCUCCUGGCCCUAAAGCUUCAGGAUUUGGAUGAACCAGAUGAAGCAAGAAUGUAUAUUGAAGAAGCUCUGGGCAGAAUAUCCUCCCAGCCCUAUAUCUUUGCAUAUGUGGGCAAAUUUUACCGAAGGAAAGGUUCUGUAGACGAAGCUCUUGAAUGCUUUGAACAAUCCUUGAAGGCAAAUCCUUUCUCUGCUUUCGUGCAUCACCAGAUUGGGCUUUGCCACAAGAUACAACUGACCCAAAUAAAGGAAGCUACAAACAUGCGACCUAGAGGGCAGGAUAGAGAAAGAGCAGACCAAGCCAUCCAUUUGGCUAAACGUCAUUUUCAAAAGACUUUAGAUCUGAAACCCACAUAUGAGAUAGCUUACAUUAAUCUGGCUGAAAUGUGCAUAGAAAGUGGCCAAUUUGAGGAGGCAGAGGAAAAUUUUCAGAAAGCGUUGAGCCUGAGGGAUCUUGAUGAUCAUAUACAGCAGGAAAUUCAUUUACGCUAUGGCCAAUUCCAACAAUUUUAUAACAAAUCAGAAGACACAGCAAUCAGCCAUUACUUAAAAGGUCUGAAAAUAGAAGUGAGUUCCCUUUCCAGGAACAAGCUUCUCAAGGCUUUGGAAAAACUGGCUGAAAGACGCAUUCACCAGAAUGUUCGAGUUGUGGAAAGCAACAGCCUGCUUGGGUUUGUCUAUAGACUGAAAGGGAAGAUGAGUAAGGCCCUGUUGUGCUAUGAGAAGGCCUUGAGGCUCACAGAAGCACUGAACCCCGAGUUUUAAAGCACAGCCCAUCCAGUGGCACUUUUAAGUGUUCGCAUGGCUCACCAUUCUAUCCUUUUAUAGCUGGGUACCCCAAAUAUAUAGAACCCAAUGGAACAAGUUGGAGAUGGCGCCUUCUCUGUUUUCUGCCUUUCUACAGCUGUGCUUUUUUGUUGUGGAUCCAUGUGUCUGUGACAGGAGCUUCUAUUCUCCUACCACA